AUGGCGAGCAAGAUAUCUGCGGCACCGAUAAAUUUUGAAAAAAUUCCAUGGAGGACAAAAGAAUGGACAGGAGAAGUGUUGUCUCAGUUAAACAUCAAAGUUGACCAAACUGUUCAUGAGCCGCAUGAUCUGUUCAUCAGCGGUUAUGUAAAGAUUUUCAUAAAACAAAAACAUGAUGAAAAGAUAAGUGGAUUUAUUGGUCAAAUGUCCCGUAAUGAAAAACAGCGUGUUUUUCGGAGCCAGUGUUUAACUCGAGCAUUAACGGAUGUCCUUUGUAUAGACUGUGUAUCGAUCGAUGAAGUACCUGCAUUUAAAAUUGGUAAAAUAGAAAGUAUAUUGCAGCUAAACGCAUGCCCGGCGAAACUUUUAGGAAGUAAUCAACAUGAGGAUUUCACAAAUUUCGCUUAUAGUCUUCGGGUAUGGCUGACACAAUUUGUACAGCAGUUGUCCAUAAUGGUUAGAAAAAGAAAGAAAGGCACACCUGAAGAAAUCACAGAUGGAAUGUAUAAAGAACUUUUUCUCAGAUUCAUGAAAAUAUUUGAGACACAAAUAAUUGAGAAUUCAAACAUGCACUCUUUUAUUAUUCCCGUUGGACCAAACAGACUACCUCUAACUCCUGAUGCUGUAGUGCAAUCCUCUUCUUGUAAAGAUCUAGAAAAUGACAACUCUAUUGCAGUUAUAAAGGUAAAUAAAGACUCUGGAGGAGAGAAAGUAGGUCAUGAGGAGGGAGAAAUGGGGAGCAGGCCAAAGAAGCUGAAGACAGACUCAGUUACAUCCCGACCCCUGUGUCAGCUGAUUGGUGAUAUGAUAGCUGUUCUUCCUACCUCUGUUUUUGGUUCCAAUGGGAUUUAUGGUUUCUUGGUGAAAGGAACUAAAAUAACUGUGGUAUCGCUGGAGGCAGAUGAAGGUUUUAUGGAGAAUUUGAAUCAAGGCUUCGUGGAGAAGGGAUGUGGGGUCACAGUGAAAUGUAGCAAGGAAUGUAAUAUUCUGUCCACGGAGGGCAGACUGGCAUUAAUACAGACACUUCUAGAUAUGACGGACUUGAUUCAGUAUCUUUGUGACAGUAGAAGUUGAUACUUUCCAUAUCCAUUGCCUAGGAAGACAGAAGCUGAAUGGAAUCAUCAAAUAGAUUUCAAAUGUGACCAUUCCAAAAAUUUGGAAAUGGAAAAACCAAAUGAAUUUUUGUCGGGAUUACAUCAGGGUGAUUGGUGAUUCAUCAGAGAGAAAAAUAUAUGCUGUGAGUGAG